CGGCGGCGGCCGCGGGGGCCCGGGCGCGCGGGAGCGGGAGCGGCCCGGGGCGCCCGAGCGCGCCAUGGAGGCGGCGGCGGGCGGCCGUGGCGGCUUCCAGCCGCACCCGGGGCUGCAGAAGACGCUGGAGCAGUUCCACCUGAGCUCCAUGAGCUCGCUGGGCGGCCCGGCCGCCUUCUCGGCGCGCUGGGCGCAGGAGGCCUACAAGAAGGAGAGCGCGGCGGCCAAGGAGGCGGGCGCGGCCGCGGCGCCGGCUCCCGUGCCCGCCGCCGCCGAGCCGCCGCCCGUGCUGCACCUGCCCGCGCUGCAGCCGCCGCCGCCCGUGCUGCCCGGGCCCUUUUUCAUGCCGUCCGACCGCUCCACCGAGCGCUGCGAGACGGUGCUGGAGGGCGAGACCAUCUCGUGCUUCGUGGUGGGCGGCGAGAAGCGCCUGUGCCUGCCGCAGAUCCUCAACUCGGUGCUGCGCGACUUCUCCCUGCAGCAGAUCAACGCCGUGUGCGACGAGCUGCACAUCUACUGCUCGCGCUGCACGGCCGACCAGCUGGAGAUCCUCAAAGUCAUGGGCAUCCUGCCCUUCUCGGCGCCGUCCUGCGGCCUCAUCACCAAGACGGACGCCGAGCGCCUGUGCAACGCGCUGCUCUACGGCGGCGCCUGCCCGCCGCCCUGCAAGAAGGAGCUGGCGGCCGGCCUGGCGCUGGGCCUGGAGCUGAGCGCGCGCAGCCUGCGCGUCUACCACGAGUGCUUCGGCAAGUGCAAGGGGCUGCUGGUGCCUGAGCUCUACAGCAGCCCCAGCGCCGCCUGCAUCCAGUGCCUCGACUGCCGCCUCCUCUACCCGCCGCACAAGUUCGUGGUGCACUCGCACAAGGCCCUGGAGAACAGGACCUGCCACUGGGGCUUCGACUCGGCCAACUGGCGGGCCUACAUCCUGCUGAGCCAGGACUACACGGGCAAGGAGGAGCAGGCGCGCCUGGGCCGCUGUCUGGACGACGUCAAGGAGAAGUUCGACUACGGCAACAAGUACAAGCGGCGGGUGCCCCGGGUGCCCGCCGAGCCCCCAGCCUCCGCCAGGAAGACGGACGAGGCCCCCGCCCAGCCCCCCACGUCUUCUGAGAAGGACAAGCAGCCUGGCUGGCUGCACAGCCUGGCCAGCCCCUCCAGCAAGAGCCUGGGCUGCACUCACCCACGCCAGCGCCUCUCCGCCUUCCGCCCCUGGUCCCCCGCCGUGUCCUCGAGCGACAAGGAGCUCUCCCCACACCUGCCGGCCCUGAUCCGAGACAGCUUUUACUCCUACAAGAGCUUCGAGACAGGCGUGGCCCCCAACGUGGCCCUGGCCCCGCCGGCUCAGCAGAAGGUGGCCAGCAGCCCGGCCUGCGCCACUGUCGCGUCCCGAAUCCCCGAACCACUUGCCACGUGUGUCCAGCCAAGGAAACGGAAGCUGACCGCUGACGCCCCCGGGGCCCCCGACCCACCCGUGCCUGCCGGCGCCCCAGAGGAAGACAAGGACUCGGAGGCCGAGGUGGAGGUGGAGAGCCGCGAGGAGUUCACCUCCUCGCUGUCCUCGCUGUCCUCGCCGUCCUUUACCUCAUCCAGCUCCGCCAAGGACCUGAGCUCCCCCGGCGUGCACGCCCCCGCCCCGGCCGGCGCCGCCCCGGACCCCGCGGCCCCCGGGGACGGGCCGAGCGGGGGGCUGGAGGCGGAGCUGGAGCACCUGCGGCUGGCCCUGGAGGGCGGCCUGGACAGCAGGGAGGCCAAAGAGAAGUUCCUGCACGAGGUGGUGCGCAUGCGCGUGAAGCAGGAGGAGCGGCUCAGCGCAGCGCUGCAGGCCAAGCGCAGCCUCCACCAGGAGCUGGAGUUCCUGCGCGUGGCCAAGAAGGAGAAGCUGCGGGAGGCCACGGAGGCCAAGCGCAACCUGCGCAAGGAGAUCGAGCGGCUGCGGGCCGAGAACGAGAAGAAGAUGAAGGAGGCCAACGAGGCGCGGCAGCGGCUGCGGCGGGAGCUGGAGCAGGCGCGGCAGGGCCGGGGGUGCGAGCAGGGCUGCGAGGCCGGCCGCCUGCGCGCCAAGUACUCGGCCCAGAUCGAGGACCUGCAGGUGAAGCUGCAGCAGGCGGAGGCCGACCGCGAGCAGCUCCGGGCCGACCUGCUGCGCGAGCGCGAGGCGCGGGAGCACCUGGAGAAGGUGGUCAAGGAGCUGCAGGAGCAGCUGUGGCCGCGGCCGCGGGAGCCGGGCGGCGAGAGCGCGGGGCUGGAGCCCUGAUGGCCAGCGCGUCCAGAGCCGCGGCCCGCGGGGACAGCCCACCUUCACUCAUAAGCUAUUGCGGCCGGUCAGCGGACUCGGUGUUGGGGAGACCCCCGCCCCCCGGGCCCCGGCCCCCCACCCCGCCCGCGGCCGCCCAGGACAGCGGCUUUUUCUCCAGAGUCUAUUUUUUCAGCGACAAGGGCCGGGGUCCCUGUGCAGCCGCCAGGAGGGGUGGGUGCGCGCCUGCCUCCGCGGGGCCGGCCGGGCCUCCUCCGCGGGGGAGCCGAAGGGGGGACCCCGAGCCCGGCCCCCCACUCGCCCGCAGCGCGGCGGACAUCGCUGCAGCUCCGAGCAAAACGGCAUCAUUUCACUUUUCCUUUCGUUGGUUUGUUCAUUUAAAUGUCUAUUUAGAACUGCACUUUGUCAAAACUCUCCCCUUCUUACUCCCCGGUUAACUGAGGUUUCUACUCAGACGUCACGUCGCGGAAGAUUUCUCGAGCAGCUCCACCCUCAGUGCUCGCGUGUUGGGACCCCCUGGUGCUUGGUUGAACAAGGGAAUCACAAGAAAACGAAAAUGCAAAAACUGACCUUGGGGGGUAGUUCUGUGCCUUCCAGCAUCUUGUACAGCCGAUCCUGACUCAUGUCUUUUUUUACCCAAAAUACGUCUUCAGUAGCGGUCAAAUCUGCCCUAUCAAUACGUUACCUGCAUUUAUUCCAAAUAAUCUCGUUUACUCUCGACUGUUUAUGCAAAUUGUAUAAGGUUUCUUACGCCCAAGCUUGAAGAUUGAUUUCCCAGCAGACGAGAGGCGGCCCCCCUGGCAUCACGGCAUUCAUACACAGGCGGAAGGUGGAGCCGGGUCUGGGCCCGCCCGUAGGGCUGCCUCGGUCUACGGGGGGGCGGUGGUGCCAGCCCCCCCGAAAGUGCAAUGCAAAAGGGACGUCGUGCGCAGCGUUUGUUUGGACUUGUUUUGCUUUUGUUUCCUGCAGUUUCUGGUGUGUGUGCAUGGAGCUGUACCCCGCCCCGCCCCCCUGGGCAUUAUCACCGUGUCCGCAGCUCUGCCAGCCUCGUGCCGCGGCGCCCCUGGCGGCCCUGGCCUCCCCGAAGCUGCUGCUGGCAGCCAGACCGCACAUUGUUUGCUUCAGGGAGUGAGGAAGGUCCCGAGUCGUGUGCGGGGCACCUGCCCGCCCCUUGCUGGCCUGGCCCCCAGCGUUGGGAGAGCUAGAGCCCUUCCCCCUCCCAAAGGUCCUCCAGGCCGGGCCUCGGACCUGGCGGGGGGGGGGGGGACAGACACGGGGCCCCCACCCCCACCCCUCCCACCCCGUUCACCAGCAGCUCAGGUGCCGCCUUCAGGGAGGCGGCCUGGGCGAGGCUGGCAGGCGCGGGCACCCAGGCCCCUCCCAUCAGGGCCAAGUCCACGGGCAGGGCCCUUUUGGACGUGCCCGGUGCCUGCCGCUGAAACCCCCGUGCCCAGCCCCCAGCGGCCACGGCGUCGCGAGGUGCCCCGGCCCCGUUUUUGCCUGCCGAAGGAGAGAACCAACAGCAAUAACGCAUCUACGAGCAGCUAACUCACGCCUGCCGCUUGGCUGCACACGUGGCCGGGGUGAGCGCGGACGUGUACAUACCCCACACUCUUGUACAUACGUGUACAUGUGCUGGUCCUGUUCCAGAACUUUCCUACCUGGUUGUCAGAGUUGUCUUAUUUCCUGGGGUGUUGUCACCUGAGGGAGACCGUGCUCUGCCCCGACCCCAUGCUGCGGUGCCCAGGUCACACCCACUUUGUGUUCCACCAAGGAAGAGGCCUUGGCCCGCCCGAGUGUCCGCCUCCGUCUGUCCGUCCCUCCUUCGCUGCUGCUAAUGACAAUAUGACUUACUCUACUAUCCGAAGACUAUUUUUAUGUAAUUAAUGUAUGCUUUCUUGUUUAUAAAUGCCUGAUUUAAAAAGAA